AGAUAACGCAUUUCGCGAACCUCAGUAACUGUCACUAUGUUUUCUAUCACAGAUCUCAUAAUCACGUGUCUAAUAUAUCACACCGCUUAUGGUGUGGAUGUGCAAAUCGUAGGCGGCACAAAUGCUUCAGUGGGGCAAUUUCCUUAUCAAGUGUCAUUGAAGCAAAAUGGAAACCAUUUUUGUGGUGGUGCCAUCAUCCACGAGACAUUUGUUAUCACUGCGGCGCACUGCUUAUCGAAAAAGUUACCAGACAAUGUUUCCGUCGACGUUGGAAGCAUUAAUAUUAGUAAUGCUGAAACUAGAUAUACGGCGCAAAAACUAAUAAUACACCCUGAUUACAACGAAACGCUAGCCAUAAACGAUAUUGGUUUAAUUAAUCUAAAAAACAAAAUUAUCUUUAGUAAUAACACUCAACUAAUAAAUUUAAUAUCUUACGACCGUGAUUUUGAAAAUCUUAAGUUAAAUGUUUCUGGCUGGGGAAGGGUUAAGACAGACGGUUCAAUUCCGGAAGUGCUUCAACAAAUUGUAGUGUAUGAAUAUUCUCAAGAGAGCUGCACCAAAAUGUACAACUUAACCGAUCGUCAUAUAUGCACUCUUAAUGCGAUUGGUCAAGGAAUGUGCUAUGGAGAUUCCGGUAGUGCGCUUACUUACGAAGGCAACCUGGUUGGCAUCGUGUCCUAUGGUAGACAGCCAUGCGCCAGUGGCUAUCCAGAUGUGUUUACCAGAGUGUACUAUUACAGACAGUGGAUUAACGAUACUAUUAAUGCAGGCAGCAACCAACAACUAAAUAUCCUUCUUGGAUCUUUUAUGACAUAUUUAUGUAUUUCAUUUAUGUAAAUAUGCACA